AAACGCUUCGCAACACAAACCGCCAACAUGGCCGAAAUCUACAGCCUUUCCAGCAACUGUUCCGAGUUUGAGGCGAGCGAUGAUGAACAAGCUUCGGAUUGCAUUCAUUUGAACGCCAAGACACCUCGUUUGCUUUCCGAAAUUUUGGAGGCCUUCAAAUUAGAAGGCAGCUCUGGAACCGACUCAACUGCCAUUAAGCAGCUUAUGGAAGUGGUGGAGAGCGGGUCUGAAUAUAACGUGCAAACGUUGUAUGAAGGACGCGCAAAGUGCCCGUGCUGCAAGAAUUGGGUCGAGGAAUAUCCCGGUGAUCUCAAGAGCUCGAUUAAGCAAGCUAAUGAGAACAAGAAAAAGGCACUCAUCGUCCGGAUGGCAAAGAAUCAUGGCGAUGGAAACCCCUUGAUGCUCCAUUCAGUUGUUGUCCAGAACCAAGUCAUCAAGGAUUUGCUCGCCGAGGUUUUCCACGGCUACAAUGGCAUAACAACCGGCCUUAACAAACUGGUAUUCCGGGCGCCAUUCCGUCCCUUCUACUAUCGAUGGAAGCUAUUCGCAGAGACCAUUGAUCGAUACAAGAAGAAGGGCCAUGAUGCAGCUCCAUUCGCCCAGCUUCUUUACAACAUCAUCGAAUUGGAGUUGCGGGAAACGAUGGACGAGAUAGAGGACCUGAAGAACAACCUCGUCAUUACCUACCAGCACCUGUGGGCCAUAUUCGAACCUGGAGUUCGCGUGUAUUCUUCCUACGAAGGACACGACCGCUUCUUCCUUGUUGAGAGCUGCCAAUACGUCGCGGAGCCGGUAGUUCCACAUCUCGCCAUCAACGUCAAGUUCAUCGACUGGGAUGGCUCCAGGUUUGGGUACGCUUCCACCACCCUACAGAUCAACGCGUUUUCUGGAACCAAGGCAAUUGCCGACUUGUCUACAUACCCAGCCAAAUUCCACCCUUACAAGGAAGAGGUCGAAAAAGCUGCCAUGACCAGAGGCAAAAAGUUCUGCAGCCUUAGUGGCUUACACUACAAGGCGUACUCUGGCAUGAUCACAUACCAUGAAGGUCCGGACAAGAUUGAACGCAAUGUCGACGGUCGAAUGAUUGUCGAUGCUUUCUCGUUCUCCUACAUGAGGCCUCAAGAGCCUCUAUAUCUCGUUCCGCUUGAUGCGUUCUCGUUGGAACUAAGAGUUGAGGACGACCUGCACUGUCUUGUCCCUCCGCCUCCGCCCCCUCCAGGAUGCACCAUCCCUAUGGGCAUCCACCCUCCAAACUUCCCCCCUCCGCCUCGUUUCUAUCCUCCGCCUCCUUCCAUCGCCCCGAGGAACGUGCUGUGUGUAAAAUGCCAGAGCCAACCUGCCAGGAUAGGGUUUCCUAGGAAGAAUCUGGAUGGAUAUAGCCUCGAGCCGAAGCAAGAAAACUUGACCGAUGAGCAGCUGCUAUUGUGUAACUCACGUGUCCGAGGCUUCUCGCUAAAGGCCAAGGUCAUGGCAACAUUCGACGUCGAUCCUAUUAAAGAGAUAGCGUGGAAUGAUUCGGCGUUCCCGAAUCUGGUGCUACCAGCAGGCUACAGGGACCUUGUUCUUACAUUUGUGGAUCGCCAAACCACCAGCAUCCGGAAAUUCGAUGACUUCAUCGAAGGAAAAGGCCUGGGGCUGACGAUGCUCUUGGUUGGAAACCCCGGCACUGGCAAGACACUCACUGCUGAAGCAAUAGCUGACAAAGUCCGACGACCGUUGUAUGUGCUAAGUGCUAGUGAACUGGGGAGUAAAGCAUCCACCGUUGAGAACCGUCUCCAGUCGGCACUUGAUUUCACUCGAAGAUGGGAGGCCGUCUUGCUGCUGGACGAGUGUGACGUCUUUCUUGAAAAACGAUCCACCAACAGCUUGACUCACAAUGAAAUUGUGUCUGUGUUUCUGCGGAUGGUGGAAUACUACCCUGGGAUCCUCUUCUUGACGUCCAACCGUCCUGAGGCAAUCGAUCCGGCCUUCCAGAGCAGGGUUCACCUAACCCUCCACUAUCCAGAUCUCGACGCUGCGGCGAGGAAGCAAAUUUGGAAGCAGUUUGUGAAAUCUUCGGCCGUGGAAAGCUCUCUGACAGAAGACCAAUUCACCGGGCUUUCUAUGCUGCCCCUCAACGGUCGACAGAUCAAGAACAUUGUCAAGAUCUCUCUGCUCUUAGUGGAAGGAGAGGGUACGAGGCUUACAACCGGGCACAUCCAAACCGUUCUCCGAGCCACGAAUGACAUUGACUUCGGAAAAUUUGAGGAAAAGGAACCAAUCGAGAAGUCUUUUCUAGGUUGGAAGUAACAUGUAGCUUGGGGACUGGAACUUUGCUUAAAUGGUCACUAUCUAACUACCAUUGAGACGAGUUCAAGGAAGCAGGGACAGAAAAUCCAGAUUGGAUAUGCUACAGGGCAAAUUUCUUUAUAUGGAUGAAUAGGCGAGGGCUCUUGUGGUGACGGGCUUUGCAAACUGUAGUGUGCGA